AUGAGCUUGUGCAGCCUUAAACCCGAGGCUCACCUCUCGCUGCCAUGCCACAAAAUACGCACCAAUCAUUUUCUUCUCACGCUAGCCUCCCGACCUUUUGACAUCGCCAACAUCUGCAACCGCAUCGCUUUCAGACACCGUUAUUUGCCCGGAGAACACAUCUAUAUUUCAGUUCUAACUAGCUCUACAAUAUCUGACGAUCAUGGUCAGUCACAGGAUAUCCUCUUGUCAUUGCCCGAAUCUCUGGAUGUUUCCGGCCUCUACGGCAUCGCCAGCGUGGUUGGCUUCCUCCUGGCCGGCUCCCUCAUUUUUGCACUGGCACGAAAUGGCCGUAGGAUUAUGAAGCAUUGUUUGGGCCAUACGAGCUACGAGGAGAGCGGUACUGAUCGUCAACCAGUUGUCUCGAUCCUCUCAUUCUACCACGCCCCUCAAGCCCCUUCUCUGAACAAACUCUACAAGCAGAGGCAUCUGUGUCGGCAGCUUCAGGAUGUAAUAGUUCCCAUUCCUGUUCGCGACGGUCGCUCAGUCAACAUCACGGUGCCUGUCCAAGCUCAUCUUCCAGGGAAGCGUGGUGAUACAGUGCCGGGAUGGUGAGAUACCCAGUUCGGCAGACCAUGUCAUCCGGAAUCUGCUUUUUCCCAUUGAACUUGUUCAAUCAAGACAUUCCCACCUGGCUCAAAAAUGAUGCUUGAACAUAAGGGAACCUACCCAAAGUCACACUGCCUGGUGUAUAAGCUCAGCUCUUCUGAGGAAGAUCGAUCAGGCUUUGGCAACAGAGAAAAGAUCUCUUCUAUCUCACCCUGGAACCCAAGGAACAUGAAUUUAUGAAAGGGAUGGGAUUGGAAGAAGCCAGAUGGUAGAAUGUAAAUGAUAGCUUGCAUCAACACAGAGAGUUUUGGAAACGAGGUUGGGGUGAACCGUCAAACAUCGGGAUGGGCCAAGGGAAAUGCCAUG